AUGGCACACGAACGGGUCCGCGAGGGUGGUGCCGCCGUCGGCGACAUCCCCUGCUGGGUGUCGCGGCAAGAAGGCAUCGAGGACACGCGAGGGGAGGAUGUCGCGGUGGUGCUGCUGGACGUAGGGGACGGUGACGGCGACGAGACCGGUGUAAGCGGCGAGGCCGAGCAGCUUGGUGAGCGAGGCUGUCAUGCUGGGCUAGCAGCUGCUGCUGCUCCUCCUCCUCCGGUGAUGUGA